CUUGCCUCGGCGUGCUUCGUGCGCAGACGCGGCCGCCAUUUUACGAGGACAGAGCCCCGGCAGCGGCGCCCGGGCCCGCUCCGCAUCCCGCGCCGAUGUUUCCACGGACCACCAACAGCAACAUCUACUGCUCCUACUACUACUAAACAACAACCACCACCACCAACAAAAGAACCCGAAUCGUUUAAGUGCUCGGCUGCAACCAACGGAAGGGAUGGCUCUUGAAAGCCUCUUAUCUAGAUCCCCGUCCCCAGCAGUUGCCACUACCCGUGCCGCCCGUAGCGCCCCAGGGUGUGCGGGGGACGAAAGGGAGGAGGGUGAGCUGGAGGAUGGAGAGAUAGAUGACGAUGCCGCUGAGCAGCAGCAGCAGCAGCACUCACCCGAUGGUGGCCGAGGGGGCCGUGGCAGCAGCAGCCGCGGCAGCGGUGGUGGUGGCGGUGGCGGCGGCGGCGGCGGCGGCGGCGGCGGCGGCGGAGGAGGAGGAGAAUGGGGCGACUCAGACGGAGAGAAGGACCGCAGCAGCCGCGAGCGCGAGCGGGACCGUGAGCGCGAGCGCCACCGCAGCUCCCGCAAGAAGCGCAAGAAGGAGCGCGAGAAGGAGAAGGAGAAAGAGAAGGAGAAGCGUAGGUCCAAGCGGCGGCGGAGGGACAAACAUGGACACAAGAGGCACUCCCCUUCAAGCGACGAGUUUUCAGAAAACAGCGAGGAGUCAGACUAUGGAGCUGGUGACAACCGAGGCUACAGGAAGAACUACAGGGACUACGAGCCUCACUACCCACCCAAGGGAGUACACCAACCCAAGCCCUACAUGGACGAGCCCCCAGAGCCGGAGUACCCCGAGUACCAAGAGUACGGCGGUGGUGAUGUAGAGGUGGACGACGGCGGCGGCGGCAUUGGCGGCAUCGGCGGUGGCGGCGGCAUUGGCGGCAUCGGCGGCGGCGGCAUUGGCGGCGGCAUUGGGGGGAGGUUUGACGAGUACGAGGAGGAAUACAAGGGCGAGGAGGACGAUGACUUUGCCUGCCAGCUCAAGCAAUACCGCGAGUCCCAGGGCCAUCUGCGUGGGCACCGUGGCGCCAGGAUGCGUGGCCGGGGCCGGGGCAGAGGCCAGGGCAAAGGCGGGCGUGGUCGGGGCCGAAUGUUGCACAUGCGGGAAAUGGAGCACAUGGAAGACAUGGACAUGCACUACGAUCACUACGAGGACAUGGGCGAGAUGGUGUGCCCGCCCCGCAAGAAAAAGAAGAAGAACCACACGGGCAGCACAGCGCACCUCAUCUGCAAGUUCUAUCUGGAGGGCCGCUGUGUCAAGGGAGAGAACUGCCAGUACAGCCACGACAUGCCCAACCGCAAGCGGGAGGUGUGCAAGUUCUACCAGAACGGACAUUGCGUCAAGGGAGAUUUCUGCCUCUUCAUGCACAAGGACUACCCGUGCCGCUACUUUCACAUGGGCGUCACCUGCUUCCAGGGCGACAACUGCAAGUUCUCGCACGACCCUCUCACCGAGGAGACCAAGGAAAUACUUGAUAAGCGUGUAAUGCAGAGCAACGAUGGCCGUUGCGCUUGGCAGGUGCUAAGCAACGAGGUGGAGGCCAGCGCUGCCGACGACGAGAAGGAGCUCGAGGAGCUUAAGAAGCUCGGCAUCACCCCGCUGCCGAAGCCCCCGCCGGGCGUCGGCCUGCUGCCCACGCCCAACUUCAACGCGGGUGGCGCGGGCGGCCAGCAGCAGGGCUCCUCCGGCCUGCCGGUGCAGCAGAUGUCGCCGACGCACCAGCAGCAGCCGCUUUCGCCGUCGCAUCAGGACUGUUUGAGCCCAGGGCCUUCGUCGUCGUCGUCCGGCGGAAAUCCGCGGUCGGGCAUUCUGGGACCGCCUCCGCCGCCGACGGGCCAGCCGGGGCCGCCGGGGCCGCCCGGGCUGCCGGGGCCACCGGGACAAGCUGGGCAGCAGCAAGUGCAACAGCAGCAGCAGCAGCAAGGGCAGCAGCAACAAGGGAACAAGAAGAUCCCCUCGUUGUUUGAGAUUGUGGUGCAGCCGACGGCACAGCUGGCGCACAAGAUGGGUGUCCGGCCUAACUUCCCUGGACCAAACCAGCCACGGCCUCCGUUUCCAGGGCCAGGACCACCAAUUAGGCCUGGAUUUGGGCCUGGAAUGGGGCCGGGAAUAGGGCCCGGCGGCCUUAGUCCAGACAUGAUGGCCAUGUCAGGGCCGGGCACACCCGACAUGAUGCAGCCUCCUCCUCCUGUUGGGCCAGAAAUGAUGCAAGGCAUGGGCCAGAAUAUGGGUCAGAAUAUGGGCCAGCCCAUGGGCCAGAAUAUGGGUCAGAAUAUGGGACAAGCUGGAGGCCAGAACAUGGGACAAGCAAUGGGCCAGAAUAUGGCUCAGGGAAUGGGUCAGAACAUUAACCAGAAUAUGGGUCAGGGAAUGCCCCAAAACAUGGGGCAAGGCAUGGGCCAGAAUAUGGGCCAGAACAUGGGCCAGAACAUGGGCCAGAAUAUGGGCCAGAACAUGGGCCAGAACAUGGGCCAGAACAUGGGCCAAAACAUGGGCCAGAACAUGGGCCAGAACAUGGGCCAGAACAUGGGCCAGAACAUGGUCCAGAACAUGGGCCAGGCCAUGGGUCCUGGUGUGGACAUGCAGGGCUUGGUUCCGCCUGGAGGCACGGAGAACAUGGGUACCCCGGGUGGCGGGGAGAUGAUGGCCAUGCCUCCCGAGAGGAUGGGAACGCCUGGCCUGAACCCUGCACAGAACCCCAUGGGUCCCCUGGGGCCUAUGGGAGGCAUGCUAAACCAGAUGGGACCCAUGAACCACCCAAUGGGCAUGGGGCCGAUGGGACCGAUGGGACCACUGAACCCACUCGGGCAAAUGGGUGUCAACGCCAUGGGCAGCCCGGACCACCAGCAGCAGUUGCAGCAACAGAUGCAGCAACAGAUGCAGCAGCAGCAGCAGAUACACAUGCAGCAAUCAAACCAGGCGGCGUGUGUGGCGAGCUUCCUGGAGUCAUUCUUCGGGCAGCAUAGGAUGCAGAGCAAGCCGCCGGAGGAAAGCGCAGAGGCGAUGCCAGAAGCCGGCGUGAGCGAAGGCGAGCUCGCCCAGAUGUUCGGCAAGGGCGUCGGGGGUGGCCCGAUGCCCCCGCUGGGGCCCCCGGUACCUUCCGGGGUCCCCAUGGGACCGAUGGGGCCCGCGGGCCCCAUGGCGGGCGCUGCGGGCGUCGGCGGUGUCGAGGCCGAGAUGUGCUCCCUCGGCGAGAUGGGCCCCGAUGGGCCCAUGCAGGGGGUCCCCAGCGCGGUUCCGGACUUCCUGCCGGCGGCGCAACGAGCGCUCUUCAUGAGGAUCCAGCAGAAGCAGGAGGAGCGGGAGGAGAUGGCGAGGAGGGCGGCCGAGGCCGAGGAGAAGCAGAACAAGGAGGAGGAAGGUGUCAGCUGGUACUCGAGCGACGAGGAGGAAGGGGGCGGUGGCGUGAGCUCCAUCCUCAAGACGCUCAAGACCCACGCCAAGCAAAGGCCCGGCGGCCCCGCGGCUCCCUCCUCCGCCGCGGACCCACGGCUGCACAAGCAGUCCGGGUCCGCGCAAGCCCAGGACCCACGUCUCAAGCCGGCCGACCCUCGCCUCAAGCAAGCGGGUGACGGCCAGGCGGCGCCCAGCCGCGACCCCCGGCUGGCGCACGGGGCGGCCGACCCGCGGCAGGCCGGCCGCACGCCCAAGGACGCGUACAAUGGCGGCGCGCGCAAGGCGCCCGCGGCGGCGACGGCGGCGGUGGCGGCGGCGGCGGGGGGCGACGACGAGGACGGCGAGCGGGAGCUGCGAGAGAAGGCGGUGGCCAUCCCGCUGGAUCCGGCGCCCGGCGCCCAGCAGCGUGACCCCCGCUCGCAGCUCAAGCAGUUCAGCCACAUCCGAACCGAGCUGUCGCUCUCCAAGCCCAACUUUGCGCGCCUCGUCCUGUGGGAGCCGGAGGACCUCAUCCCCCUGCCCGUGCCCAAGUCGGAGCCGGCGCUGCCACCGCUUCCGCUGCCCCCGCUCGACGCCCGUUUGCCGACGCUGGUGAAAGCAGCCGUGCCGGCGCCGGCGGCCAGCGCGGACCCCCGCGUGCGCGCGCAGGCGGCGCCGUCUCCGCCGCAGGACCCCCGUCUCGUCGUGCGGCAGACAAAGCCCGCCGACCCACGGCUGGGCCGGGCGGGCGGCGCGGCAGAGCGGCCCGCGGACCCUCGUGUCGUCAAGGGCUCGGUCGGGCCCUCGGCGGCCUCGGCCGGCGCCGUCGCCGCUUCCGCGGCCGACCCCCGGCUGCUGAAGCUGGCCGUGGUGGAGACGCUGGCGAAGGAGCUGCGGGCGUCCGGCUCGCCGGACCGGGCGGCGGCGGUGCAGGCGGAGUCGCCCACGACGCCGCUGGCGCCGUACGACCCGCGGCUCACGUCGGCCGUAGGGCAGAGCAGCAUCGUUAGCUCCAUCAACCUGUACGACCCCCGCACGCCGCAACCCACGGUGGCCACCGUGGGUUGCGGUGGCACGGCCGAGACGGAGUCGGAGAAGGGCCAAGCGGAGGCGAGUUCGGCGGCGGUGGCACCGGACGGGGAAUCGAAGCCGCGGCGCUUUGUGAUACCCAAGACCAAGCAGCCGCCGGGUGAGACGCAGGGCGACGCGGCGUUUGUCCGCCGCUCGGUGCUGGAGACCAUCGGCUCGGAGGGGUCGGGCGACGCGCAGGAUCGCUACAACAGCUACAGCCAGACGCGCUUGCGGCCCUCGGUGGUGCCCACGCAGCAGCUGGCGCAGCCGGGAGCCAUGCACAACCUGCCAAUGCUGCCCAUGAUCAGGCCGCAGUACGGCAUUGACCCCAGGCAGCCGAGCAAGCAGGCCCAGGGGGCGCCCGUGCCGGCGCCAGACGGGGCCGACAGCCACGCCAAAGACAACGCCAGUGAAGGCGACGGUAACGGCGAGAAGGAUAAUGACAAGGGAACAACGGACGAACAAGACCAAACGUCACUCAAGGAUAUGUUCAAGGCGUUUGACCCCACCGCUUCGCCCUUCUGCUAGGGUCAAGAUGCAAGGGCCCCCUGUUGUUUGGCUGGCAGUGGGGCAUGGGGCAGUUUGUCCUGCAGCUGCGUUGGGAUGAAAUGUCUGGGACAAAGAUGCUACUGGAAUGCCGUGGGAGGAGAUCCCUGCAGGGUGUUGCUCCAAUCCCCUAAACUCGCCUUAUCCCUGACGUUGGGGUGUGGGGUAGUCACUACAACCCGUCCGAGCUUUACAGGGGGGUUACCUUGCAGAGUUGUCACCACUCCUACGCUGCGCUGACUGCACCGGUGUUGGAACUAAACCGUGGCGGUACACGGUGAACACACCACCGUUCUGAAUGAAAAACGAAACGUAGAUUGGAAACGGUUCCGAGACCUGCCGGCGGCAGUCCGUACAAGUUGUGACCUAACUCCCCCAGCCAGCCAGCCAGCCGUAAACCUAAGGUUAGGGGAGGCUGUCAUUUUCCACAUCCUCUUUCCAGAGUGCUGGUGGUGUGUAGCACCUACUUCCACUCCUCUCUAUGAUCUACCACUCUUGGUUGAGGGGGUAGAGUUAGGAUAACCAGUUGGCCACAGCUAGUAACUACAAUGCCACAGCAGGAGACUUGUUGAUGUUAAACAUCCCACCUACAGUGUAUUUAUAAUUAGGCAUUUUAUGAUUCUCCACCGCCAUUCACACACACCCUUCCCAUCCAAACCCACAAUUUGAUAAAUUGUCACGAUUUCGAGGGUCACGAUUCGAUAUUCAAGAAUCAUUCGUCUCGUUCCGUCCCAUCUGCACAGUCUUGUCGGGUGGAACCAUUUGUUCGCCUAAAGUCAACGUUUGUAUAAAUUGUAAAUGAUCAAAUUCUGGCACACGUUGCGGGAUGCAUGUAUCACGAGUUUAAGAAUCUACUUUCCUCCAACUUGUUAAUCUUGACAUGCCUUUUUAUGACGGCUCAUGCUCUGUGUUGAGUGCCGGAUUGUGUCUCUGCGUUGAAGCUACAAACUAAGUCUAACGCAAUGCAUGUACACCUACAGCUCAUUGUGUCAACCGCCAAAAAGGGGAUUAUUUGACCAUACUUCACCACGCUGGUCAGUGCAGGUUGGUGAAGGCGGGGAACAUAGAUGUGGCAGCGUAAAGGUACGGUACAACGAUGGCUUUUGCAACUGCCCAUAGCGUCCCCCCAGGCUAUGACACCAGUUAUGCAAGGUGGUCACCCUUCCAUGUAUUCGCCAGGUUCAACUCUGCUUAACAUCUAAGGGGAUCGAGUGCAUUCUGGGUUGUUUGAUCAGAAGCCAGGUGACUUGUCACAGGUGGAUUAAUUAUCUGUCACGUGAUGACUGGCAUCACCGGCCGAUGUGGCUUACCAGUAGAACGGGUCUGGUUAAGCCCAGCGUUGGUGCAUCACCACCACUACAGCACACUGCUUUUGCCUUCCAAUUAUUGUUUAAUUUGGAUGCAACCCGGGCUUAAGUUCAGUCGGGUCUGGCCAGGGUGGUGCCCUGGGAAAUAUUUCUGUACCCAGCACACCACAUACUGUAGGCCCUUUGCAAUGGCAGUGACUAUUCAUCGUAUGUCCAACUCCAGUAUACGAACAAGCAAGAAAACCUUCAGUGUGUAACGAACGCCGAGAUCUAAAGGUUCACCUUCUCUCCGAGCCACAUUGGCUGCAAGGUUUCCAAUAACUAUUCUGAAAAAAUUGAAUAGUUCGCGGAACUAAACUUUUUUUUUUCCAGAUAAGGCCGACUGAGCUAUAUACCUAUUUUUCACAAGCGACCUGGCUAUCACAAAUGAUAGCUCAAGCAAGUGGCUUAUCAUGUGUUCUAAAUGUGUGUUUCUAACUGUGGAGGAAAAAAAACGGAGAACCCGGAUAAAAAUCCACACGACCACUGGGAGAACAUACAAACUACAAAUAUACAGCAGGCGUCAGGGUCGGGAUUGAACCCAUGUACUCCUAUAUACCAGGUGAGGUAGUUAAAAAUCUCGCCACGAGCUCCCUGGCGACCAUGGACGUUGCACACCACAGUGAAAAAAAUACCGCUCUGAAAAUUGAUGCAACAGUCAAUCAAGAUAGUCAAUAAAAAUUUACUUUGUGGGAGAUGAUGCCCAUGGUUCAUAGCAUAAAUUAGACAUCUGUGGGGAAUAAAUGGGAUGCAUGAGGAUAGGGAUUGGGAAAAAGUCUAAUGCUAUCAUAGUGCCAGACAGCUAAGACAAAACCAACCAAUGGUGCUACCACUACCAUGGCAUUGGCAACAGAGGGAAAAGAGGAGACUCCUCGCCCCCCCCCCCCCAAAAAAAAAACGUU